AUGGAUAUCAUUCUCGAAUUAUGGGACACCUUUGUUGGUGAUCGCCUCUAUUCAGCACUCCUCCCCGUCUCGCUGUCAUCCGUCUCGUUGCCAGCCAUUGUCAAUGCCGCCGCCAACACUUCGAUGGCCCUGUUUGGGCCUGCGGAACCUUAUGUCUACGAGCAGGCUACACAGAUGAUCUACCUGGAACCCUCGAAAUAUGCAUACUUGAGUGCCUGGCCCCGAAAUAAUAUCUAUCGUCAAUUCAUAAGCUUCUUUUUGAUCACCUGGCUAUUCGGCCUACUGGUCUACUUUUUGAUCGCAACGCUGUCAUAUAUCUUUAUUUGGGAUAAGACAACCUACAACCACCCCAAAUUCCUCAAGAACCAGAUUAGCUUGGAAAUCAGGCAGGCCAUGGGCGCAAUGCCCUUGAUGUCUCUAUUGACAGCUCCUUUCUUCGUUCUUGAGGUUCGCGGAUUCGCUAAACUCUAUGACACCACUGCCGAAGAGCCCUUCGCGUACUAUAGCUUGAUCCAGAUUCCCUUCUUCAUCUGCUUUACCGAUUUCUUCAUCUACUGGAUUCACCGUGGCCUACAUCACCCUCGCGUCUACAAGACCCUACACAAGCCUCACCACAAAUGGAUCAUGCCAAGCCCUUAUGCUUCGCACGCCUUCCACCCACUCGAUGGCUGGUCCCAGAGUGUCCCAUACCACGUCUUCCCCUUCCUCUUCCCCUUGCAGAAGGUCGCCUAUGUUUUCUUGUUCGGCUUCAUCAACCUCUGGACAGUCUUCAUUCAUGAUGGCGAGUACGUCGCCAACAGCCCUAUUGUGAACGGUGCAGCCUGCCACACAAUGCACCACUUGUACUUCAACUACAACUACGGACAGUUCACCACUCUGUGGGACCGUCUGGGUGGCAGCUACCGCAAGCCCAAUGAGGAACUUUUCCGUCGGGAAACGAAGAUGGGAGACGAGGAGUGGAAGCGACAAGCCAAGGAGAUGGAGUCCAUUCUCAAGCAUGUCGAGGGCGAAGACGAUCGCAGCUACUCCUCCGACAAGAAGAAGAACCUUUGA